AUGGCAUCAACGGUUUUGAACCAUGAAGCCGAUCGCCUCGCCCAGCUGAAGGCAUUCGACGCGACAAAAGCCGGGGUGAAAGGCCUUGUCGACGCCGGCGUAACCGAGGUGCCGGCGAUGUUCUACACGCCGGCUCACCUCCUCGACAACAAACCACCGCCGGCCGGCGACGAAAAGAAGUUCACUUUCCCGGUCAUCGACCUCCAAGGCGUGGCCACCGAUCCGGCCAGACGGAAAGAGAUCGUGGAGAGAGUGAGGGAUGCUUCCGCCACGUGGGGGUUUUUCGAGGUGCUGAAUCAUGGGGUUCCGUUGAAUGUUCUGGAGGAGAUGAAGGACGGAGUGAAGAGGUUCUACGAGCAGGAUCUGGAAGAGAAGAAGGAGUUCUUCACUCGGGAUUAUACGAGGAAGAUUGUGUACAACAGUAAUUUUGACUUGUUUACUGGGCAGGUGACCAACUGGAGGGACACCACUGUUUUUUACAUGGCUCCCGAUCCUCCCAAGCCCCAACAACUCCCUGCCGCUAACAGGGAAAUCCUGAUGGAGUAUUCCAAGGAGAUGCUGAACAUGGGGUACCUGAUCUUCGAGUUGCUCUCCGAGGCUCUUGGGCUCGACCCAAACUACCUUAGAAACAAGGAAUGCUUGAUGGGACAUAACUUUGUAUGUCACUAUUACCCACCGUGCCCGCAGCCUGAUAAAACCCUAGGAGCCAGCAAGCACGCAGACACUGAUUUCAUGACCAUUCUCUUACAAGACCACGUCGGAGGACUCCAGGUCCUUCACCAAAAUCAGUGGGUCGAUGUGCCUCCAUUGCCGGGCUCCCUUGUCAUCAACAUCGGAGAUCUGCUACAGCUUAUGUCCAACGACAAGUUCGUCAGCGUGGAGCAUAGAGUGCUGGCGAAUCGCAGUGCUGGGCCGAGGGUAUCCGUCGCGUGUUUUUUCAGUACGGGGAUGUUACCGAACCCGAACAAGUAUGAACCCAUCGAGGAACUCUUGUCGGAAGAGAAUCCUCCCAAGUACAGGGCGACCACGGUUUCGGAGUACGUGACCUUUGUUACGAACAAAGGGCUUGAUGGGAAAUCUCCUCUUCUGCAUUUCACGGUCUGA